AUGGGGACCACGUCCAGAGCAGCCUUGGUCUUGGCCUGUUUAGCUGUUGCUUCUGUAGCUUCUAAGGGAGGCACCAAGGCUUCAGGGCAGAGGGAGCUGGGGCCAGUGCACCUCACCCACCCCCUUCAAGAAGUUGGCUAUGCUGCACCCCCUUCCCCACCUCUGACCAGAGCUCUCCCCAUGGAUCACCCUGACACCUCUCAGCAUAGCCCUCACUUUGAAGGACAGAGUGAAGGUAAGUCUCAGUUGCACCUCUAUGUUUCUAGUCUGACUUACUUCCUGAUCUUCAGAAUGGGAGGGGAAGAAGGAGUGGGCUACUUACACACUCUGCUUUCUGUAGUACAGCCAUCUCCAUCUCAGAAAGCCGCCCCUGUCCAAGAGGAGCUGCCCCCUCCCCAACUCCCUGUGGAAAAGAAAGGCGAUCCACCUCUCCCUCAAGAGGCCGUCCCCCUACAAGAAGAGCUGUCCCCUCCCCAGGUCCCUGUUGAACAGAAGGAAGAAAAGCUGGCUCCCUUCAUGGACCACAGCCCCCCAGAGCCAGAGUCUUCGAAUCCAACCCAGCGCUGCCAACAGGGCCGACACCAAGGUGGCUGGGGCCACCGGCUGGAUGGCUUCCCCCCUGGGCGGCCUUCUCCGGACAAUCUGGACCAGAUCUGCCUUCCUAAUCGUCAGCAUGUGGUGUACGGCCCUUGGAACCUGCCACGGACUGGCUUUUCCCACCUUGUUCGUCAGGGUGAGGCCCUCAAUUUGCUAGAGACUGGAUAUUCCCGCUGCUGCCGCAGUCACAGCUACACAAACCGCUUGGACUGUGCAAAAGUCACGUGGGAGGACGCAAUGACCCGGUUCUGUGAGGCUGAGUUUUCUGUCAAGACCCAACCCCAUUGGUGCUGCAAACGUCAGGGGGAGGCUCGAUUCUCCUGCUUCCAAGACGAAGCUCCCCGGCCACACUACCAGCUCCAGGCCUGCCCCAGCCACCAGCCUGGUAUUUCCUCAGGUCCUGAGCUGCCUUUUCCCCCUGGGCUACCCACAGUGGACAAUAUCAAGAACAUCUGCCACCUAAGACGCUUCUGCUCUGUGCCACGCAACCUCCCAGAUACUGACCCCAUCCAAAGGCAGCUGCAGGCUCUGACCCGGCUGGAGGGGGAGUUCCAGCACUGCUGCCGGCAGGGGAACAACCACACCUGUACAUGGAAGGCCUGGAAGGAUACCCUUGAUGGCUACUGUGAUCAGGAAAAGGCUACAAAUACCCACCACUACUCGUGUUGCCACUACCCUCCUAGCCCUGCCCGAGAUGAGUGCUUUGCCCGGCAGGCUCCCUAUCCCAACUAUGACCGGGACAUCUUGACCCUGGACCUCAGCCAAAUCACCCCCAACUUCAUGAGUCAUCUCUGUGGAAAUCAAAGAGUUCUCACCAAGCAUAAGCAGAUUCCUGGGCUGAUCCAGAACGUGACUGCCCGCUGCUGUGACCUGCCGUUUCCAGAGCAGGCCUGCUGUGCUGAGGAGGAGAAAUCAGCCUUUAUUGAUGACCUGUGUGGUCCCCGACGUAACUUCUGGCGAGACUCUGCCUUCUGCUGUAAACUGAGUCCUGGGGAUGAACAGAUCAACUGCUUCAACACUAAUUAUCUGAGGAAUGUGGCUCUAGUGGCUGGAGACAUUAGGGAUGCCAAGGACCAGGGGGAGCAGGGCCCAACUCGGGGAACAAAUAUCAGCCCCACCCCUGAGCCCAAGGAAGAGUGA